CACGAACAUACAAGAUCACGACCAUUAGCUUCCUCUGUGAACUUAAUCCAACAUAAAGGUUUUUGUGUCCUAAUUUACUAAUAGAAUUGCAAAUAGGAAAUAAAAAUAUCUCGACAGGAUCGAGUUCAGAACGAAAAAGUAAACAGAAGACAACCGCAGUCGACUAAAAGACGAGAAGAUGUCUGGAAAGGAGCGGAUCGACAUAUUCCCCUCCAGAAUGGCUCAGACCAUCAUGAAGGCUCGACUGAAAGGAGCGCAGACCGGCCGGAGCUUGCUGAAAAAGAAAUCUGAUGCCCUCUCGAUGCGCUUUCGUCAGAUCCUUCGUAAAAUUAUUGAGACCAAAACCAAAAUGGGAGAGGUGAUGAGAGAGGCAGCUUUCUCUUUGGCUGAGGCCAAAUUUACAGCUGGAGACUUCAGCACAACUGUGAUCCAGAAUGUCAACAAAGCCCAGGUGAAGGUCAGAGCCAAAAAGGACAAUGUGGCAGGUGUGACCCUUCCAGUUUUUGAACACUACCAAGAAGGCGGAGACAGUUACGAACUCACUGGCCUGGCCAGAGGAGGAGAGCAGCUCUCCAGGCUGAAGAGGAACUACGCCAGAGCUGUGGAGCUGCUUGUAGAAUUAGCAUCCUUACAGACAUCUUUUGUCACUCUGGAUGAAGCCAUAAAGAUCACCAACCGCCGUGUGAAUGCUAUCGAGCAUGUGAUUAUUCCAAGGAUCGACCGCACUCUCACUUACAUCAUCACAGAGCUGGAUGAGCGAGAAAGAGAGGAGUUCUACAGGCUGAAGAAAAUCCAAGAGAAGAAGAAGCAGCUCAGGAAAAAGACAGAGCUGGAGAUCGCCGCCCGGCUGGCCGCCCUCGGACCCAUCGCCGAGCCUGCCAACAUGAUGACGGAGGAGACAGACGAGGACCUGCUGUUUGAGUGAAACCUUCUGCAGUGGAAAUCAUCGUGCUAUUUAUUCUGUGCCUCUCUGGCCAUGUUUAUGUCUUCUCAUGCAAGUGAUGAAAGUACUUUUUGUGUCCAUGUCUGUGAUUAAUUGUUCUGCUGUUUUUGUGUUGGAAAAUAUGAGAAAUUUCCAAGUGUGUCACUGUACAGGAACCCGAGUGUUGCCCAAAAAAAAAUCCUCCUCCACAAGAGAGUAACAACCGAAGCAAAUAUAAGUAUGUUUACAUGGGAUUGCAAAGGAAAUCGAAGAAGCAUUCCUAGUGAUUGGAUCAGCUGUAGAUAUUUUAGUUUGCCUACAUGGUUUUGAAUCAUUGCAUGCUGUAAAUCCUGAGGUGUUUGAAGAUUUCAAAGCUUGUAAGAGUCUGUGUUAAGGAAAUCUGUUAAGUUCCUGACUUUUGGGGUUAACCUCAUAGGAGGGUGUUUACCAUCACACAGAUUCUCUGUAAUGUAACACUGUAAAACACAGGAGUCAACAAAGCCAGGCACUUCAUAUAAAUAAAGAUGUUCUAAACAGUCAAA